GCUGAGUUGCGAAUAGAAGGAUAACAAAAAAUGCACCCUAUGUGUCAACUAGAGAGCGAGAAGACAAAAGUGUAGUGUACAGAAAAGCAGAAGAAGAUAAAAUGGUAAUUUAAUGAGAUUUCAAGGGAGAGCAGACGAAGAUAAUGCUAAUUUAUGGAUCCUCGGUUCCUUUCCAAGGUGUUGGACUUGGAGGUAUUGAGAGUGAGAGCAAUUGGCGUAAUAAGGAGUUGACCAGAGGUAGAGGUAGAAGCAUCACUUGCAAAUCCCUUAGUAGAGGAUGCAGCAGCUACGGUUUGGCACUUACUAGCUUCCUCACAGCUGGUGUGGUGAUAGCUUCUGUGGCAACAGCGGAGCCGGAGACUCUAUCCAACAUACCCCAAACACUGUCCGGUGAGUGCACGUCGGCCAAAGACUGCAAGAAAGCUAGAAUACAGAAACCCAAGUCAAGGAAAGCGGAAUCCUGCACAAUUAAGUGUGUCACCACUUGCAUCCGAGGUGGCGAAGGCUCUCCUGGAGAAGGCCCUCUUAACGUCACAAGACCUCUGGUUGUUUUCAAGCAAGGUUUUCGAACUCGUCAAUACUGUGAGGGAGGCAACUGAAUUCAAAUAUCGACAUGGAUAAUGUAACUGAUUCCAAGGCUUAUGUGAAUAUUUCAGAUCAGUCUAAUGCUCACUGAGGUUCCUUUGGCAGAAGAAGGGACAUGAUAACGGGGGCAGAGGGCAAUGUAACACAAAUAAGAUGUGCACUCACUGAGAAACAAACAAACACAUAAUAUAUUUUUUAUAUGCUAAAAAAAAUGAGUAUUUGUGUAAUAUUGUUAUUAAAUAACGAGGAAUCCAGAAUACAUGCAAAGUGAAUAUUAUUA